GCCGCUGGUCCUCCGGGAAACACUACAUUGACCGUCAUGCACCACCGGAAGCGCCUGGGAGGAAAGCGUCGGCGGCGCUAACUAUGGCGCUAAAGUUACUUCUCUCACCAGUUCAGCGCCAUUAAACCUUAAUUUAUAUAUUUUUUUACACUAAACUGAGCCAGUGUGACGAUGUUAUCCAGCUUUUAUCGCCCAGAGGAACCGAGCUGUCGCCGGGUGUGAUGCUAGCAGCUAGCUACGGGAUGUUGUUUCCAUGGUGAUGAAACUUUACGCUCAACUCGCCAGCUGUUCUAUGUGGAUAUUUGUGUAAAUGGCUUCGUGGCUGCAAUGAAGAAGGAUGUCGUCGCUUUCCAGCAGUAAUGGCGCCCACGGUUUCCACGUUGACUCCCCACAGAAGCUCCGGGGAACAGCCCAAGCAGCAGCAGAGACUCACGGCAGCUCCUUCCGGCUGAGAUUCACCAGUCUGACUCUGGAUGAACUGAGCGAUGAGCUUGACAGGCGAACUAAGGAAACCCAACGACUUCAAGAAGAAGUGGAAAAUGCAACCAAAGUUGCCUUGGAGAGGUUUGGCGGCAAAUAUGGAAUCAAUACCUCACCUGGACAAAACUGCCACAACCACUGGUUCAAUGUCUAUAACACACCUGGGGAUUUCACCAUCUCCCCCACCCACACUCUGGCAGGGACUCAGCCUCUGGACUGUGAUCUGGAUAUUAUAAACCAAGAGUUGGUUCAAAGGCAGAUCAGCUCUCCUGGAAAAAAGGUUUUGGAAAAUGCACUAGAUGACGGUUUUCAGCAGCUGCCUGGCCUGCAGCUAAGAAAGACACAUGAUCAAACUGAACCAGAGACAUUCAGUGUUGACAAAGCCAUCGAGAACCUGCAGACUAAGCUGAAUAAAGUCCAAAUGGAGAAGGACGUCUUGUCUGACCUCAGAUUGAAGGACUCGAGGAAUCACGUUGAUCAGAUGGAAAAGAUGCUGUGCAUGUUGGAGGAGCUCCAGAACAUCAAAAGGGCCACAGACCAGAAGCUGCAGGACACAGAGGACGAGGCGUUGGCACUGAGCAGGAAAGUAGAGACACUGGAACAGAUCAUGAAGGAGACGUAUUCUACACUGUUGUCUCAUGAGAGUCGAUGUGGUAACAACCGCGUCACCAAUCUUAACGCCCCCACUCGUUCAAGACAGUCAUCCCCAGUCGCUAAGUUAACUGAGGAUACUAAUGACACAAACGAGCUACAGGAGAGAUGCUUAAUGUCAAUAGAACAUCUUGGGAGUGAAGAACACAGUGGAGGAAAUACGCAAAAACAAAGGAGUGAAGAACUGAUUGCAAGUCUGUGCCAGGAGAUGGCGCUGUUGACUGACAAACUGAGCUCAUCUAAACACAACAGCGUCAGCGUGAGUGUUAAGUUGGAGCUGCUUAAGAACCUCACUGAAAGACAGACGUCGUUGCACCAGUGUCAGAUUGGUGAACUUGAGUCAGAUAUCAGCAGCCAUAAAGAUGAGGUUUGCUGUCUGGGGCAGCAGCUCCUUCAGGUUCAGUCUCAACUGGCGGAUGCACAAAGAGAAAAAGAGCGAUCCUUGCAACAGAGAGAGGAGCUUCAGUUCCAGCUCAGCCAAAUUAAGAGGUGCAGUGAACAGCAGCAGUGUGAGCUCCAUGUGGAGGUAAAGGCCCUGAGAGGAGGGCUGGAGGAGGCCAGGGAGCAGCUUCUCAGAGUCGGAGAGGAGAAAAAUUGCUUACAGGCUCUGCAGGAUCAUAGGACCCAGGAGGGGAGGACAGCCCAGGACCUCCUGCGGGAGAAAGAAGAGGAACUCCAGCUCAGGCUGCAAGAAGCCCAGCAGCAUCAUUCUUGGUGCCAGACCCUGCACAUAGAAGGAGAGACACUGAGGCGGAAGUUGAAUGACCGAGAGAAGCUGAUAGGCAUUCUGCAACUGCAGCUGGAGAGCAGCGUACAGAUGAAACCGCAGCACAGCCACACCCUCGACAACCUUCACCACGAGAACAACCUCCUCAGCAAUCAGCUAAACCAGCACAAGCUAGAGAUUCAGCAGCUCAGGGCUGAGUUAGACCAGCACAAGUCCGACCUGGCCACUGCAGAGCAUGAGAGGCGGAAUCUUCAGGCGUCUGUGGCUGAACAAAGUCAGCGUCUCCGGGAGGAAACUCUGGAGAAAAGACAGCUCAGCUCUCAGUUGGAAAUCCAGCAUUUGCAGUUACUCGCCCUCACAAAGGAGCAUGAGGAGCUGCAGCGGCUCCACAGCUGUAGGAGCGAUGAGCAGGAGGGUGUGGUGCUGAGGCUUCGGAGUCAGCUAAGGGACACUCACGAUGAGCUGGACCAGGUCAGGAUUACCCUGAGGACACUGGAAGGAGCCGACGGACACGGCCUCCGAGUAGCACUGGACAUGCAGAAGGAGAUCACUGCCAGAAGAGAGCAGGUGGACUCUCUGCAGAGCAAAAUCCAACAUCUGGAGGAGACUGUGGAGAAGCUGCAGCAGGAGAAGCGUCACCAGAGCCUGGAGAACCAGCGUCAGCUCGGGCAGCUCGCCUUCGUCAGGGAAGAGAAGAAGCUGCUUUCCAGGGAACUGGAGGCCCUUGGGUCCAAAGACCAACAAUUAAGGGAGCGGAUCGGCAAGCUGGAGGCCAUCCUUCACAAGAUGUCGGAGAGCUUCGCAGACUGUCAAGAUUUCAUCCAGCGGCAGGAGCAGCAGUUUUAUCGGCUGAAACUCGGACAUGCCCUCGACCUGAAGGAACUCCAAGGUCAAAAUCUGCACAGCACUCUGAGUCCAACUCCACCAGACCUGGAUUCCCCGAAUCCAUCAGAACUCCGCGCUCCACCCUCGUCCCAGCACGCCUCCAACGCUCAGAUCAAGGCGAGCCCCGCCCGGCAGCUCAGGUCUCUCGUCAAAGAGCUGCGAGGAGUGAUUUCGGAGAACCACAGACCACACACCGAUAACAGCCCCACUGGCAAGAGCUUCCACAGGAGGAGGUCUGCACCGGAGAGAGAGCACAGGACCACAUUCAGUACUGACGAGGCUGAAGAGGUAAAAGCCAACUCCAGGUUAAGAAGAGAAACCUGCAGCAGAGAGCCACACUUCCUGCCCAAAGCUGAGCUGAAUGGAAAGAUGAUCAACAAGGAUUCCUUCAGGGGGAAGAUAAUGGCUCAUCCAGGCCACCUUGUAUCGAGUCCAGCGACUGCAGUGAGGUUCAGAUCCCCGCAACAGCUCCUCUCGCUGGGCCGCAGGUCACCCGUCCACUCCCUCCUGACCUCUGACCCACACAGCUGACAUUGACACAACAGAACCGAGGCUGGCUCCUCGUUCCGAACAUUUUUAAAAGCGCACCAGAUGAAGAUGAAAGUCAAAAGAACAUUUUAUAAAAAUC